UCUCUGGACCAACUCUCGCGAGAGGACGCUGCGCCCCAACAGUAAUGGAAGUCGGUGGGAGCGGUGGUGGGCUGCCUGUAAACAACAAACAGAGAGCCAUGCUACCGAGCAAGAGCAGGGGCGAAUUCACCCGCAACCCCAGAAAAGAUUCCGAGGGGCUGUCGGAGUCUCCAGACCUGGAGUUUGAAUAUGCUGAUACAGACAAGUGGGCUGCAGAGCUGUCAGAGCUGUACAGUUACACUGAAGGACCAGAGUUUGCUCUUAAUCGGAAAUGCUUUGAGGAGGAAUUCCAAACCCAGGUGUCUGAUAAGAAGUGGACUGAGCUUGAUGAAGCUCAGCACAGAGCUCACACUAUGCGCCUGUUGGACGGUCUGGAGGUGAUUGCCCGGGAGAAGAGGCUGAAGGUGGCGAGAGCCAUUCUUUACAUGGCUCAGGGAACCUUUGCAGAGUGCAGCUCGGAGGCUGAGGUGCAGCACUGGAUGAGAUACAACAUUUUUCUGCUCUUGGAUGUGGGGACCUUCACUGCUCUGCUGGAGCUGCUCAACAUGGAGAUUGAUAACAGCGCUGCCUGUAGUAGUGCUGUGAGAAAACCAGCCAUUUCCCUUGCAGACAGCACAGAUCUCAGAGUGCUGCUCAACAUAAUGUACCUGAUGGUGGAAACCAUCCAACAGGAAGACCCGGCCGACAGACCGGAAUGGAAAAUCAUCAGGGAAACGUUCAGAGCAGAACUGGGAUCUCCUCUGUUCAACAACGAGCCCAUUUCUGUCAUGCUCUUUGGUAUGGUGACCAAGUUCUGCAGUGGGCAUGCUCCCCACUUCCCAAUGAAGAAAGUGUUAUUACUGUUGUGGAAGAGCAUACUGUUCACACUUGGAGGGUUUGAGCAGCUGCAGAGCAUAAAGGUUCGUAAGCGCGAGGAUCUUGGUCUGCCCCCUCUUCCGGAGGACUGCAUUCGAGUCAUACGCAGUAUGAGAGCUGCUUCUCCACCUGCAUCUGCGUCUGAUCUAAUAGAGCAGCAACAAAAACGGGCACGUCGUGAACACAAGGCCUUGAUCAAACAGGACAACCUGGACGCAUUCAACGAAAAGGACCCUUACAAGGCCGACGACUCUCGCGAGGACGAGGAUGACAGCGAUGACAACGACAACUCAAUAGAGGCGGAGUCUUUCCCCCUCGAGAGGGACGAGGUGAUGCCUCCACCAAUUCCUCACCCAUCGUCGGAGAGGGUGUCCUUCCCCAAAGGUCUGCCAUGGGCUCCGAAAGUCAGGGAAAAGGACAUUGAAAAUUUCCUGGAAUCUAGUAGAAGUAAAUUCAUUGGUUACACACUGGGGAGUGAUACAGAUACGGUUGUUGGAUUGCCCCGGCCAAUUCAUGAGAGCAUCAAGACAUUAAAGCAGCACAAGUACGUCUCCAUAGCCGAGAUACAGAUUACAAAGGAGGAGGAGUUUCAGAAAACCCCUCUGUCUGGUGGUGAAGAGGAGGUGGAGAUGGUCGCCACCGAGCUGCUAUAUCAGGGAAUUCUGCCCAGUCUGCCUCAAUACAUGAUUGCUCUACUGAAGAUCCUGCUCGCAGCAGCUCCAACCUCCAAAGCCAAAACGGACUCAAUCAACAUCUUGGCAGACGUGCUGCCGGAGGAGAUGCCUACCACGGUGUUGCAAAGCAUGAAACUUGGCGUUGACGUCAAUCGACACAAAGAGAUCAUUGUGAAGGCCAUCUCUGCAAUCCUGCUGCUGCUUCUCAAACACUUCAAACUCAACCACAUCUACCAGUUUGAGUACAUGGCUCAACACCUGGUGUUCGCCAAUUGCAUCCCACUCAUUCUGAAGUUCUUCAACCAGAACAUCAUGUCUUAUAUCACUGCUAAGAAUGGCAUUUCCGUACUCGACUUUCCACACUGUGUUGUGCAUGAGCUCCCGGAGUUAACUGCAGAGAGUUUGGAAGCGGGAGACAACAAUCAGUUUUGCUGGAGGAAUUUGUUUUCCUGUAUUAACCUGCUGAGGAUUCUCAACAAACUGACCAAGUGGAAACAUUCCAGAACAAUGAUGUUGGUGGUGUUCAAGUCGGCUCCCAUCCUGAAGAGAGCGCUGAAGGUCAAGCAGGCCAUGAUGCAGCUCUACGUCCUCAAGUUGCUCAAGGUGCAGACGAAAUACCUGGGAAGGCAGUGGAGGAAGAGCAACAUGAAGACCAUGUCGGCCAUCUAUCAGAAGGUCCGACAUCGCCUCAACGAUGACUGGGCUUACGGAAACGAUCUGGACGCUCGUCCCUGGGACUUCCAGGCCGAGGAGUGUGCCCUGCGUGCCAACAUCGAACGCUUCAACAGCCGCCGCUACGACAAGAGCCACAGCAAUCCAGACUUCCUGCCUGUGGACAACUGUCUUCAGAGUGUUCUGGGACAGCGGGUGGACCUGCCCGAGGACUUCCAAAUGAACUAUGACCUCUGGCUGGAGCGGGAAGUCUUCUCCAAACCUAUUUCCUGGGAGGAACUGCUACAGUGAGGGUCGACCACAUCAUGAGGUUUUUAAAAAUUAAUCAAAGUAAACGGUUUCAGUCAGGAGUUUAGAGAAUCCACCAACGUGCUCUCAUUGAUAAAAAGCAUUUUGUUACAUGUUCUGUACAUACUGAAGACGACAGAUGGAUUUUCUCUCUCAAAAGUUGACUCAUUCUCCACGUUGGAUCAGUGUGGGUUUGACCAAGUACUUUUUCUAAAGAGUUUUUGCCUUUCAGAACAUAUGCAUUGUUGUAAUUUCAAUCACAAAGACUUCUCCCACACUAAUGCUAUCCAUUUUUAUAAAAAAAUUAAACGACUGAAAAAUAACUCCCUGCUAAAUCCUUCUCAAUUUGUGGAGGUCAACUCAACUCCUACCUUCCAUUCACAGGUGUGUGUGCUCUGUGGUCACUGACCUUGAAGCGCGAUAUGACACUAAGUUCACUCUGUAAAUUUAACUGUAAAGACGUGGCAGGGCUCAACACCCUCAAGAAAUAAAUAUAACAUUCCUUUUAGUCAAUCUCUUUAGGUUAAUCUUCUUCAGCGAGAUGGAGGGAACAGGGGCAGAGGCUUUUUUAGUCAUAAUUUCUGUACAUACUAAUGAAAACAUUAUUUUCUAAUAGUCAGUUCCUGAAGGUGGCAGACUUCUGUUUCACCGUCUUCGCCUUUUUUUGUUAUGUUGCAUUCUUCUGCGUCUCACCUGAGGGCUGCCCCGUUAAGACAUGAACAUACAGGUUAGAAUUUUUGUAUGUUUUAAAAAUAUUUUUAUUUCCUUUGUUGAAACCUGGUUGCGUGUUGCCAUAAAAUGAUUGUGUGAAAGAAAAGGAAUCUCUGGUUUGAGAGGAGUGUUACUAGAAUAAAUAACUCAAGUGGAAAAAAAACGUUUCUAGUUACAGAACCAUUUUCCUCUACUUUUUUUUCUUUUUUUACUUUUUGACAUUAUCGGUCGGUUUUGUUUUUAUUGUAAACAAUAAGGAAAGGAGAAUACAUGUAAAUUGGGAAACGUAUUUAUCAUGGUUUUGUCUGGUUUACGUUGAAUUAAAUACUGUAAUAAAAUAAAUUACUGCCGUUCA